GAAAAGCACCAGCCGCACCGGAGAUACCUUGAAAUAGAUGCGUUGGGAGAAACGAAUACAAGGGCGAUAGCAAUUAAACCAGAAUGAAUCAAAUGUGAAACCCUAAGACUAAUCGGGAGUACCUUUCCCAACAACCGUACACGUUCUUUAAGUAUCGUAUCAUCUAAUAUUUACGAAGUAAAAAAAACAACAACAAAAAACAUGGAAACAUUUACUUCAAGACGCAUUACUUUACUGGCACUUCUACUGGUCUGUCAAUUAGCUGAAGUGGUUAAAGGCUACGGCUACAGGAACCAGCGCAAGUUCUCUGAAGACAUUGACUGGUCUUACGCAGGAACUCUCAACCAAAACAACUGGGCCAAGAAGUACCCAUCAUGCAACAAUGCCAAGCAGUCUCCCAUCAACAUUGAGGAGGAGCUGGCGCAGGUCAAGCUGCAGUUCCAGAAGCUGAGCUUUGAAGGCUGGGAGCGGGAGACCACCGACAAGACCAUCAUCCAGAACGACGGGAAGACCGUGGCGGUCAAUGUAGACGGGGAGUUUUACAUCAGCGGAGGGGGGCUGCGGUCUAGGUUCAAGGUGGGCCGGAUCACCUUCCACUGGGGCCGCUGCAACGCCUCGUCCGAGGGCUCCGAACACGGCCUCGGAGGAGUCGGGUACCCCCUGGAGAUGCAGAUCUACUGUUACGAAGCGCUUCGCUUUGAGUCCAUCGACCAGGCCAUCAAGGAGGGCGGGAGGCUCACAGCUCUCGCCGUGCUGUUUGAGACCAGCAUAGAGGACAAUGAGAACUACAUGGCCAUCAUCGAUGGAGUCAACACUGUUAGCCGAUACGGUAAGAGUGGACCAGUGGACCCCUUUGUCCUCCAGGGCCUGCUGCCAAACUCCACGGCCAAGUACUUCACCUACAAUGGCUCCCUUACCACCCCGCCGUGCACCGAGACUGUGGAGUGGAUCGUCUUUAAGAACACUGUGGCCAUCUCUGACGCACAGCUGGAGAUGUUCUGUGAGGUGAUGACCAUGCAGCAGGCGGGCUACGUGAUGCUGAUGGACUACCUGCAGAACAACUACCGGGAGCAGCAGCAGGACUUCAUGGGGCAGGUGUUCUCCUCCUACACCGGCACAGAGGAGGUCCUCACACCCAUCUGCAGCUCCGAGCCCGAGAACGUGGAGGCGAUUCCACACAACUACACCAGCCUGCUGGUGAUGUGGGAGCGGCCGCGGGCUGUGUACGACGCCGGGAUCGAGAAGUACUCGGUCACCUACCGGCUGGCCCCUGGGGAGGACACACCCGCCUUCCAGUACCUGACUGAUGGGGACCAGGAUGUGGGGGCGAUCCUCCAGGACCUGCUGGCCAACACCAGCUACGUGGUCCAGGUGGUGGCGGUAUGCACCAACGGUCUGUACGGCCGUGUGAGUGACCAGCUGACGGUCGACAUGCCCAUCGACGACCCCGAGGCUUACCCAAACCUAGAUUCAACUGAAUUUGAAGAGGAGGACGACAGUUGGUCAAACCCUUCUUUGGCCGUACCAGGAAGUAACCAAGACAAUGACAUGGACUUGACCUCCACCACCCCCACGACGACUCGUCCGACUACACAUCCACCAAACCGCAUCUUCUCCGGUAUCACAACCACCGCAGAAUCUUCCCUCAAGAAAACCACAGAAUCUGCCUUCAAGCCCCACCAGCCCGAUCAAGCCCGGACCUCCACGGAACCAAGUGUAAAGCAACGGACGACCUCCACAGAGCCAAGCAGAGGCACCACCCCACCUGGCCCUGGCAGAAGAGGCGGGGUCAGCACCCGUCCUCCCUCCAGCCGGGGGGGCUUCAGCAGCACUACUCCCAUGUACAGAACAACCGCUACGACAGGGCCAUCUCGCGCCGUUUCCACCCUGACGUCCCCGUCCGGGGUGGAGAAGGUCAGAGCGGCGGCCCGACCCGUUACCAUCGCCGGAGACGCGAGCAGCGAGGCCACAGAUCCAACACCUCUUGUGGAAAGCCUGCCGGCAGCCACCUCCGCCUCCUCUUUCUCUCAGGGCGUGCCACUGAGGCCUACAAGUCCCAGCAUGCCCUUUGUUUCACCCACCACCACCGCCUCGCCCUUUGGCGGCAUUCUCUCGCAGACCACUCAGCCGGUGUUCAACGGUGAGCGUCCCUCUGUUGUCCCAUCCUCCUCCCUCGUGUGUGGCACCAUGGACCCCAGUGACCCCGGCAACGCCCCCGCUGCCUGCCUGCAUGCCCCUCCCCCCUCGUCUAGACCUGUGUCGUCUGUGCCCUCCCCUGCUCGGGACCCCCCGCAUGCCGCUACCGUACUGUCGUCUAGUGGUGACCACUCCCUUGCCGCUCCCACCCCCGAGUUACCCUCCCACAACCCUAUCCCUUCUGCCCUCCCUCACCCCUGGCACCCCCUGUCUGGCUGGGAGACCCACAAGGUCCUCUCUGGUGGUGUUGGGUUUGAUGAUGAUGGUGAUAGCGGUGAUGGUGGUGAUGGUUCCUCGUCAGUGACCUCAUCGGGUGACCCCCCCCCUAUGUUUACCGAUACCCCUCCCCUCCGAACCCUGCCUGACCCCGCCUCAUCCGCCGUCAAGUCGUCUGAAUCCGUUUGGGACCCUUCCGACCUCUCUAGAUCUCUGUCUGCAGCAGCCUCUCUGUCCGUCCUCGACCCCACCCUCCAGCCUUCGGCUCUUCUGUCUAGUGACCUGUCCCUCUCCGGAGCCACCCCUGGCCUCGGAGACCCUCUCUCCGGCGGGCUCGAGGACUACCCUUACGCGACCGGGGGCGCGGUCGACUCGUUUCUCUCUGGUGCCAGCGGUGACGGGUAUCUGUUAGCUAGUGGCGUGGAUGCCAUGUGCACCUGCUCUCUGGAACCUUCGACGCCGUCAUCGUGGUUGCAUGCCUCGCCUCACCUCCCGUUGCCCUCGUCCGCCCGGGGCACGGCUAGCCUAGAGAUCUACUCUAGCAGUGGGCUUCCCUCGGGCUCCAGUAGCUACUUAGAUGACCUCCUCUCUCCGCCUGUGGCAGGCUCUUCCUCCGACGGCCUGUCAGUAGACCAGCCUCUCUUCUCCUCUCAUAGGGGUGUCUCUCCUCCCCCUUCCUCCUCCCUUUCCCACCCCCCUUUCUACGGUUCCCGUAGUGACGUGCCCGUUUCUGUUGCAGCCACGGCAUCUGGGUCCGAGGACGUCAGAUUCUCCACGUCUGACUCGUCCCGAACCCUCACCCCCUCCACACCCACGGCCUCCCCCCCUACCUCCACCCCCACUCCCAACCUCACCCUCGACGGCCCGAGUACAGAUGGCGCUAGCGCCUCUGGCUCGGCCUUGUUCGGCGAGUCUCAGGAGAGCCUACUAGAUCAGGAGUGGGACAGAGUUCAAAGUUCAGCGUCUGGCGAUGGCGCGCUCCCGUACUCGACCGGGGUCGCGCCCUCCGUCACCGCCCCCUCGCUCACCACGGAGACGUCCCCGGUCACCCCCGACGACGGCGACGAGCGCUCCUCCGCGUUCUAUUUCGACACCGAAAGCGGCAGCGCAGUCGCCACAGAGAGCGGCAGCGCCGUCGCCACAGAGAGGGGCGGCACCACGGUGAGCGUUUCCAUGGUAACUUCGGCCACGCCAUGGUCGCUAGGUGGGGAGGAAGAGAGCGGCUCGGGGCAGGGCGAGAGCCCGUACGACAACGAGACAUCUUCCGACUUCAGUAUUCCCGAGCGCACAGAGAGAGACUCUGAGGAGGAUCCUGUCGAAGAGGCCAGUAACAGCAGCCACGAGUCCAGGGUGGGCUCAGCCCGGGAGAAGGAGCAGAAGGCUGUGGUGCCCCUGGCUGUGGUCUCCACCUUCACCUUCCUGGGCCUGGUCAUCCUGGUGGGCAUCCUGAUCUACUGGAGGAAAUGCUUCCAGACAGCCCAUUUCUACAUUGAAGAUAACACAUCACCUAAAGUGAUACCUGUGCCUCCUAUGCUUACACCAGCAGAUGAGCAUGACGCGCUCCCAGUGAAGCAGUUUGUCAAGCACGUCGCCGAACUUCAUGACACCAAUGCAUUCUCCCGAGAGUUUGAGAUAUUGAAAGAGUGUUACGAGGAGGUGCAGGCAUGUACGGUAGACCUGAGCAUCACCACAGACAGCUCCAACCAUCCAGACAACAAGAACAAGAAUCGAUACAUCAACAUCCUGGCAUAUGACCACAGCCGUGUACGACUUUCACCCCAGACUGACAAAGACGGGAAGAGUGGAGAUUAUAUUAAUGCCAACUAUGUGAAUGGCUUUAACAAGUCCAGGGCCUAUAUCGCGGCCCAGGGGCCUCUGAAGUCCAGCACUGAGGACUUCUGGAGGAUGGUGUGGGAGCAGAACGUUGGGGUCAUCGUCAUGAUCACCAACCUGGUGGAGAAGGGCAGGAGGAAGUGUGACCAGUACUGGCCGUUGGAGAGCCAGGAGGAGUACGGCAGUUUCCUGGUUACCCUGCGGAGCACCAAGGUCCUGGCCUACCACACCCAGAGGACCUUCACCCUCAGGAACACCUGUGUCAAAAAGGGAUCUCAGAAGGGGCGGAGCAACGAACGAGCGGUGACCCAGUAUCACUACACCCAGUGGCCGGACAUGGGGGUGCCAGGGUACGCCCUCCCUGUCCUCACGUUCGUCCACAAGUCCUCCGAGACCCAGACGGGCGACAUGGGGCCUAUUGUCGUGCACUGCAGUGCCGGUGUUGGCAGAACGGGCACUUACAUUGUGUUGGACAGCAUGCUGAAGCAAAUCAAAGAAGAAAACAGUGUCAACAUUAUGGGCUUCCUCAAACACAUCCGCACACAAAGAAACUACCUGGUUCAGACAGAGGAACAAUACAUCUUCAUUCACGAUGCCCUAGUGGAAGCCAUUUUGGGCAAGGAGACUGAGGUAAUGUCCAGCCACAUCCACAGCUACGUCAACGACCUCCUGACCCCUGGGCCCUCUGGCAGGACCCACCUGGAGAAGCAGUUCAAGUUGAUAACGCAGGCCAAUGCCAAGCAAUGUGACAACUCUGCAGCCCUGAAAGAGUGCAACAGAGACAAGAACAGAGACUGCUCUUUGGUACCCGUUGAAAGGUCGCGAGUGUGCUUGUCUACUGUGGCAGGUGAAACGUCAGACUACAUCAAUGCCUCAUACAUAACCGGGUACCGGCACAAAACUGAAUUCAUUGUGACCCAGAAUCCACUGCCUAGCACUACCAAGGACUUCUGGAGGAUGGUCUGGGAACACAACGCUCAGGUCAUCGUGUCUCUGCCAGGAACGCAGGCCACACCGGGACACCCCAGCCCAACAGACAUCGAGGAGCCUACUGCCUACUGGCCCCACAAGGACCAUCCAGUCAGCUGUGGCAUGUUCUCCGUGAGCCUCAGGAGUGAAAACCACCUGUGCCUGGCAAAUGAGGAGAUGCUGGUGGUUCAGGACUAUGUCCUUGAGGCUAUGCAGGAUGACUAUGUUCUGGAGGUGAGGCACUACCGAGCGCCACGCUGGCCCAACCCAGACAGCCCCGUCAGCAGCACCUUUGAGCUCCUCACCCUGAUCAGGAAGGAGACCGUCUCCAUGGAGGGCCCCAUGGUGGUCCACGACGAUGUUGGGGGCAUUCCAGCAGGAACUUUCUGUGCUCUGUUGACUCUGUCCCAUCAGCUGGAGGCAGAGAGCUCUGUAGAUGUGUUCCAAGUGGCUAAAAUGAUCAAUUUAAUGAGACCUGGAAUCUUCUCUGACAUUGACCAGUACCAGUUUUUGUACAAAGCUAUUCUGAGUCUGGUGAGUACGCAGGAAGACGCGAGAAUGCUUCAGUCAUCUGAUAACGGUACCAGCCUGGCCAGCCCUACUAGUGCUGCAGAGAGCCUGGAAUCGCUGGUUUAACCACAGUAAGAACUCCUAAUGCCGAUCAUAAAUGGACUAUCUCCGGUUUCUGUUUCAAACAGAACUGUGUUUGCCCCCCCCCACCCCUUUCUCCCGUACGAUCCUGUAAUGCGUGCCUUUGUAUAUUAAUCUUGUACUUUUUAACGACUUUGAUACAAAUUGUAAACUAACUUUCCAGUGUUUUUUUUGGUCUUAAACUGCCCCCUUCUGAUAGCCUGGGAAGCACAUGUUAAUUUGCUCUGGCAGAUCGAUCUGUCCACCCGGCCUUAAUAGUGCCGGGACAAUCGCAACCAUUAACCUAAUAUGGGGUAGGUUUGAUAUGAUGACUGUACAGAGGAGCACCGCUGAGGCAUUUUUGUAAACAACCAAGAUUGUUCUGUUGCUCUGAUUGGUUGUAUCCAGUUACAUUGAGGCAUUUUGGUCUGCGUUUGUUGAUAAUGCCCCUUGGAAAUCAAGAAUGAACUGGUUCCAGACUAAUAUGCAUUUGCAAAUUUAUCUGGCGAUGCCAGGCUAACCACCUGAUGUUUUUGUGACUAAAUCUUUUGCAUAUUUAUUGGCAGGUAGCUUACGCUUACUUUUUGUGUUAAAAUACAUUUUGUGAGGGGCCAAGCCACUCAUCUUCCAGUUGUACAUUGUAAGUACUAUUUCCUUUUGUAGCAAUGGUGUGCUUUCAAUUCGAAAAUCAUAAAGGGCAUGUAAUAGAAAUCGAAUGUAAAUAAUAUAACCAAGUAAAUGGACCAAAUUUCUAUUUAUACUUCUAGAUUUAUAUUUUACUACAGUUUUCUAGUCAAUGAAUGACUGUUCUAAUAUAGUUAAAGUACAUUUUUUAUGUUAGUGUUCUGUAUUUUGUAACAUUAAGAUGCAUGGGGUACUGACAGUUGUUCAUAAACAUUGCUGGAUAAUUAGAUAAAAUGAUUAAACAAACAGACUGGUCUAUCAAUUUUUGGGGAAAUUCUAAUAUGAUCAUUGUGAUCACAGAUUGUACUGAUGGGUUUAUUCCACUGAGCAAAUUCAUGUAUUCUUGAAUGUUUUGUAUUGUCAUGUUUCAAAAAAUCUAAACUGUUGAUUAUAUAAGGAUACUAGUAAUCUUAAAGUAUACACCAAAAAGGAUUUUAAACAAUGACCAAAGAAUUGUGUAAAUCUGGUUGUUUACAAUGUACUUUGCAGACAAGUAAAAAUGUUGAGUUUUGUAUUCACCUGUUGGUAUUUCAAAGACUGCACAAGACUUUCCAUUUGAAUGUUCUGCAAACUACCAGUUGCCAAAUGCCUAAAAGUGUAAGUAAAAAGAAAAAUCUAUAACUGCCAAGAGGCCCCUCUGACAGCCCGUCUCCCUCCCCCAUCGCUCAAUGGAGGAUUAAAGAUUUCCAAUGGAAAUUAUUUUUCUAAAGUAUCCCAAUAAGUGUUAUGAUCACAGGUACAAAGAAAGAAAAACAAAUAAGCAAGGCUUCAAGAAAAGAUAAUCAUGUAGUCCCAGAAACAGUGAUGCGACUCAUGGCAUUAUGUUAUAAUCCCUAAAGAGAAUUGGUUAUUCCAAUUGAUUCUAAUCUGGUCUAAGACUCCCCAAGAAAUGCGUCUUCUCCGGGGAAAAUAGGUCAAGUGUCCAGACACCGCCUUGACCAGCCACUGUAUCCAUACUUAAAUUUGCAUUUUUGACUUAAUUACAUGCCCAAUUAU